GAUUUCCCUUCCAACCGUAUCGCCCUUAGUUUUUCUAAGUAUCGGUCGUGAAGGGUUUCUUUUCGGAUUUCUGCUUCUUCGACCCGCAGAACAACUUUCAUUUAGGGUUCGCGGCGAUUGUGAAUUCGAGGGCUAUCUUCCUCAGCGGGGUAUUUAGAAGACAGCAAACAUGCUGAACAGGCUUUUUGGGAAACCUAAGGAGCAGACCAAUGCCUUGGCGACCUUGGAGAAGUUAAGUGAGACCCUUGAGAUGCUAGAGAAAAAGGAAAAAGUUCUCAUGAAGAAGGCUGCUACAGAAGUUGAGAAGGCGAAGGAGUAUACGAAGGCAAAGAACAAAAAAGCUGCUAUACAAUGUUUGAAGCGAAAGAAACUUUAUGAACAGCAAGUUGAGCAGCUUGGAAAUUUCCAAUUACGGAUUCAUGAUCAGAUGAUUAUGCUUGAAGGUGCAAAAGCUACGACAGAGACUGUUGAUGCAUUGAGAACUGGAGCAGCAGCAAUGAAGGCCAUGCAAAAAGCAACUAACAUUGAUGAUGUUGACAAAACAAUGGAUCAAAUCAACGAGCAGACAGAGAACAUGAAGCAAAUUCAGGAAGCUCUAGCUGCCCCAGUUGGAGCAGCUGCUGAUUUUGAUGAAGAUGAAUUGGAGGCAGAACUUGAGGAGUUGGAAGGAGCUGAACUUGAGGAAAUGCUCCUUGAGCCUGCUACAAGUGCUCCGUCUGCUCCUGUAGACCCUGUUCGUGUUGGUAGGCAACAGAUUCGUCCUACAGCUCAGAAGAAUAGCGCUGAUGAUGACGAACUUGCUGCACUGCAAGCUGAGAUGGCUAUGUAACCGGGUUUGGAAGGUUUGCCACAGGAAAGAAGAAAUCAUGUACAAAUGAUGUGCAAGUCUUUUAGUCUCUGUGACAAAGCCCAGCAUAUAUUCUCCCCAACGAGGAAUUACAAUUAAUAAGUUUGUAUGUGUCUCUGUAAGAUGCUUUAGUGAAGAUCUCAACGAAAUAACUUUCAGUAUAUUAAUGUAAUUAGUUC